CUUCAACCUCCUCUCAACCCCUCAAAAGGUUUGUAAUGGCCGAACGAGUUGCACAACCAGGGCCUCAUGAUCGUUCAGUGUUAUUUAUGCUACCCGAUGAGCAUCGUGCCGAUCGUGUGUGGCAUGAAUCAUCAUUUCGUGACGUCAAACUGAAAUGCCAGCACUAUUCGAGAGAAGCCUACGUUGAGGAGGGUCCGCGUCAUCUUGGGGUGGUACAGUUGCUGAGAGUAUCGGGGUUUCAUGGUGUGGAGAGAAUAGGACAAUUGCAGUUAGAUUGGUCUCUUGUGACUGCGUUAGUGGAGAGGUGGAGACCCGAGGUACAUGCAUUUCAUUUGCCCUUUGGUGAGGUAGGCCUGACCCGAGGCAUCUCCAUUUCACUAGUGUUGAGUUUAAUCCAACACGAUAUAGUAAAUAUAUGUAUAAAUGUGUAUGAACAAGCUAUUUUUACGUGGAAACCCGGAAAGGGAGAAAACCACGGGACUUUUUAGGCUAAUGUCCAAGCCCUCUCUUUCUCAUUAGGACUCUCCUCACCAUUACAUAGUACAUUUUGAGCUCCCAUUAAUGGAGUCUUGUCA